UAACACUCAUACCAUAUCGCUUUGCUUUAGUUUACUCAUUCCAAUCUUUCAUUUGCUAUCAGUAGUAUUUCAAACCUAAGAUCAGCCGGUUUAGUCUCUGCAUUCCUAUAACUAAUAUACAUCAAAAGCAACAUGUAUGAAGAAAGAAUAUAUCCAUUUGAUGCCUCUGUGCUGAAAAAUGUCUACAUCAAUCUGCGCAGCGUAGAACAGUCGGUUGACCUUUUGACGUCAUCGCUUAUCAAGCAACAAACUCCGGCACAAAUGCUGCACUGGACGCUAAAGGCACUCCGUCUAACCGACCUGACCACCCUGAGUGGUGACGACACCAGGGCAAACGUGGAACGGCUCUGCUUCCGGGCUGCCCAUCCAUUUCCAGAAAGGCACCUGGGCGGUGCUGCUGUUGGAAGCAUCCACACUGCUGCCGUUUGUGUCUACCCGAGUCGGGUACACGAUGCGUUAGAAUCAUUACAGGCAUUGGGAAUGGCUUGUGAAAUCAACAUUGCCGCAGUUGCAACUGGUUUUCCUUCUGGAUUGUACCCACUGCAAUCGCGUUUGAUUGAGAUCGAAUAUGCCAUUAGCCAAGGAGCGCGUGAAAUUGAUAUAGUUGUAGAUCGUAGUCUAGUGCUGAACAACAAAUGGGAGCAGCUUUAUGAUGAAAUUUUAAAAAUGCGACAUGCUUGCGGUGAUCGGGCCCAUCUGAAGACAAUUUUGGGUAUCGGCGAGUGUGGAACUAUGGUUAACGUCUACAAAGCAUCGAUGGUUGCAAUGCUGGCCGGAUCAGAUUUCAUUAAAACAUCCACUGGUAAAGAAGCAGUCAACGCAACCUUACCAGUAGGGUUGGUUAUGAUCCGUGCAAUUCAAGAAUUCCACAGGAUGACAGGAAAGAAGGUCGGACUCAAGCCAGCUGGAGGCGUUCGUUCCGUUAAGGAUGCCGUAGCCUGGAUGAUCAUGAUUCAAGAAACACUUGGUGAUGAGUGGCUUCAACCAGAGCUGUUCCGGUUUGGAGCAUCAGGGCUUUUGGAUGAUGUAGAAAAACAAUACUACAGUCUAAUAGAUCAGUAUGUACAAAUUUCUCAUGACAAAUGUCUCAAAGUAUAAUCGAUAAAUCAUAAUCAGGCUGACAAUGCAACAUAUAAAUUACAUUUUACCUAACUUGCCUUUCAAAAAAGGUGCAGUAUGAGUUCACAAAGUUUACAACGGUUUUCAAUAUUUUAUCUUUAUUAAAAUUUGUACAAUGUGUAAAAAUAAAUAACUAAAAAAUUGCA